AUGGCUGACCAAAAUCAAACAACCCCAGAAAAAAUACUCCCGGUGGUCCACCGUUACAUCACCACCCACGAUGAGUCUGGAAAUGCAACAUUCAACACCGGGGUCGGAGAGGAGAUUGAAUUUGAGCGCUCGCCUCUCGGUGCAGACAUGUUCCUGUCCUACAGCGGCAAUGCUCUCCCAGCACCCCUUUCUCAUGACGCCGACCUUGACACGUACAAGGGCCACCUUGUCAAGAAGCCGGAGUCUUUUAUGAUACCAAAUGGCUUCGUCUCGCGCUACAUCGACUAUCAUCCCGGGGCUGCGCCUCUGUGGCACCGCACCAUCACUCUCGACUUCGGCGUUGUGAUUGAGGGUGAGAUCCAGCUCGAGCUGGAAAGCGGAGAGAAGAGGAUCUUGAAAAAGGGUGACGUUGCGGUUCAGCGUGCCACCAACCACGCCUGGAGCAACCCAAGCAAGACUGAGUUUGCAAGAGUGUUUUACGUCGCGCUUGAUGCUACAGCUCCAAUCGUCAAUGGGAAGGAGCUUGCUGAGUCGUUGGGCGUCGUAUCUCACAAAUAG